GGAAGGACAUGGCGCGGAUACGGUGCUGUCGCGUCGCCAAAUUCCAUCCCAAAAUACGACUUUUCCUUGAAACGCCGCGUUGGCGGAGAUGGGCGGCGUUGACAAGCAUCGGCCGUCGACCGAGACGGGUCUGACGCCCGUUUUGCCGCACUUGACUUCGAUGCGGCGCAUCUCUAGCAAGCAACUGUCUCGAAAAAGCGUGGCUGGCGACCACCGACGGCGCAUUGAGUCGGUCAAGCCCGAGCCGCGCAAUGAAGCGCUUGAGGCGCUCAAGGUCGCUCUCACGGACGACCCGAGCACCCGUAGCGAUGCCGAUAUCCUUUUCGAUCGCUCUGACUGCUGUCUUUCUCUGACAAUGUGUCCUUGACCAAGUGCUACCGCUCUCGCUCAUCUACGAGUGGAUGAAGAAGCAUUGUACGAACACCAACAUCUUUGCGUCGUCGCACGAGUACGUGUGCCGCGAGAUCUGCCGCCACAUGCGCCUCAUCAAACUGCCAAGCCACGCGAUGUUGAUUCGACAAGGCGACACGGGCGAUCGGUGUUAUAUCAUCAUCGACGGGACGCUCGACGUGUUCAUUCGCCAAGACGCCGCGUUCCAAGGCUUUAGCGACCAAGCCGAGACCAUGUACCGUCUGGCGCCAGCAAGUCUGAAUGUCGGUAAAUUCAUGACAGCCUUGACACCCGGCUCGAUCGUUGGCGAAGUUGUCCUGACGAAUCCGAGUGUACGCCGAACGGCGACCGUCGUUGUCUCCAAGGACACGGCCGAGUGCUGCGUUAUUUUCCUCGGGCGUGUCGACUAUAUUCGCUUGAUCCGCAACGUCUCGAUGGAAGCGUCGCACUUCGUGCAAGCCGAGAUUCUCGACUUUAUGGUGCUCUUUCAGAAAUGGCCCAAACCUGAGAAGAUGAAGUACGUGGCCCAGAUGAAGUCGGUGCACUUUCGAGCCAACGACUAUCUGUACAAAUCCGGCACGACGACCAAGGUCAUGUACAUAAUUGUGCUUGGCGAGGCGCUAGAAAAGUACAAUCUGAACGCGGUGCACACAUCGGGCGGCCAAGUCGCGACCAAGUCGGAGGUCAAAAUCAACAUUGAGCUGCUUUUGCUUGGCCCGGGCGAAAUUGCCAACGAGUUUGCGUUUUUCAAGCCGUCGAUGGUCGGUCACUUUGACAUCAAAGCGGUCACGGAUGUGCAUGCCCUGGCCAUCGACAAACAUCUCUACGAGGCCAUGAUGACGCCGACCGAGUACGCCCAGGACCUGCAAGCCAAGCUCACGUCCAUGUCCAACGACCGCGACGACUGGCGCAAAGAGCGCAUUGAGUUUGGCUCGCGGUACCCAGACGCCCAUAUCGCCAUGACAUGGAAUCUCAUGCGGAUGGGCAACCUGCGGUGCAGCCGCUGCGGCCGACGCGGUCAUUUGCCCAGUGACCUCGGGCGGUGUCACCACUCCAAGAAAAAUGACUGGCCGUCCGUGCAGCAGCGGCUCGAGAAGCAGCUCAACCCGCCGCCGCCGCAGCGAACGACGCGGACGUCCGACAGUCCGCGCGUCAAACGCCGAUCGAUCCAUUCGAACAUUAUGGCCCGGGACCUGCACCGCGACACGUUGGACGAGAGCAGCCUCCCGACGGCAAAGGAGCAGCUCGCCGUGUCUUGGCGCUUGCGCCUGCUCGUGUUUCCCAAGCACGUCGAGGCGACAGCGCAAGAAGAGCCACCCACCGCGCCCCAUACAACUUGAGAUAAGCACAAAUGACGAGCGACUCAAGGUAUUCCUAAA